UUAGGCGUGGCCUCCAAAAUUUGAAGUCAACAAAAUUUUACAAAAUUUUUGUAACAUUUUAUUUUGUUUAACUAAAUUUAUUUUGUGAACCGAAUCCUAAAUUUUUGUUACUUGAAUAAUAAUAUUCAAAAUUUUCAAGUGGUUUACAUUGCAUUAAAAGGAAUUAUUUCAAAAUAUCAAAUAUGGCAAAUAAGGCAAAUAAGGCCGAUUUAGCUGCGGCAAAACCAAAAGAAAUGUCUGCUGUGAAAAUAGCUGAAUUGCCUGCAAAAGGGACUGAAUUGGCUGCUCCAAAAGCUGGUGAUGAUGCGAAUCCUGAAAAUGACGAUGAUAAAGAUAAAAGAGUAAAGAUUCAGGUUGAAGGUGAAGAUGAAGUAAACGAAACAGAAAUGGGUCGAAAGCACAUGAAAAGAUUCCAACUGCCAAAUCUACCUCGAUGGUGGCAAGCUGAUAUAAUUCAAUAUGCCUUCUCGCACCCGCACGUCCGCGCCAGGCUGGAGAAACACAUGGGUUCCAACUUGGUGCGGCUGACGGACAAGGCAUACAUGACGGAGCUGGAGGAACGGAUCCGUGAGGUCAAUGAGGAGAACCUCAACAAAAGGAUCACUUCACGUGUUAUGGAUGAGAUGGAGAGGCUCAAACGACUAAUCUUAGUUGGGAAGACGCCGCUGAAGGAGUGUCCACCAGAAUUGUUCCAUCACCCAGUCUUCGUAUUUUGGCGGAUGGUCAACCGAGAAGUCAACCGCGCAUCCAAAAGACGAGCUGAUAUUUAUUACAGAAAGCUGAAAGCCGCACAGAAACUGGACUUGUCCAUAGCCGAAGAACAAGCGCCAGAGGAAGUAGUAGAUAGCAAAACGUUAACACCAGAAGAGCUUUUAGCAAAAUGUCGAGAAGAAAUGGAGAACCAGAAGCAAUUGGACCUAGAGAGAGGUGUUCGCUUCACCGACGAGCAGUUUGCGCAACUCAAAUACGAGACAAAUGAUAUUAAAACUCUGAAGAAUCUUACGACUGUCGAGGAGCUAUACGCCUUGGCGGAUAAGAUCAUCGGGAACAAACGUCUGUAAUAUGCUGUAUUUAUUUUAUAAGAGUAACUUAUAUAUCGUGAUGUACCUGAUUUCAAAAUAUACGUAAUAGUAUGUCGGUCCUCGUCAUAGUACCAUCACAUUAAUAUAUCUCUUUACGAGAAUUAAUAAAAACAUUGUAAACUUCAACGUAGUGAAAGUAAGUAACAUGUGAUUUUGUAUUAAUAAAUGUCCAUCAAAAAUA